AUGUCGGAGCGAGAACAGACGUCAGAUUCACGUCCGUCCCGCUGCUGCAGCUCUCCUCUCACGGUCAACCUGCUCAUUCACAAAUAUGAAGGAGAGACUUUGGAAGGUCAGCCGCACGGAGAAGGCGCGGUGAGUUUAGCAGGAGGCCACAUGUAUAAGGGUGUCUUCUCUAAAGGACUAAUGGAUGAGCAUGGAGUUUUCACAUGGGCUGAUGGAUCAAAAUAUGAGGGACAUUUUGACAGUAACGUAAUGAUGGGACACGGUAUGUAUUCCUGGCCGGAUGGAAGCACAUAUGUUGGAGACAUUUACUACGGCAUAAGACAUGGAACUGGAACAUACUGUGGUAGCAGGGGUGCAAUAUACAAAGGACAGUGGAGUCAAGGCAAAAGACAGGGAAAGGGUGCCAUUUAUUACAACCAAGACAAGACCAGCUGGUUUAAAGGGGACUGGGUGAUGAACAAGAUUGAGGGAUAUGGAGUCAGGCGGUAUUUAUCUGGGGAUGUUUACGAGGGCGAGUUUGUGGAUGACAGGAUGAUACAGUUGAGAAAUGACAGGCCUCUCCCGUUACUUGCCUGUGACGCCUCGUCUGGGCUUGGGCUGAACAUGACCCUAAACAUAGACUCCCUUCAGCUUUGCCUCCCUGACCGACAAAGAUGGGAUGCAGAACUCUUGGCAGUGGAGCUGGUGGUGUUGAGGCACAGCAGCGACCUGAGAGGGAUCUACAGUUUCUACAGCCGGCUCGGGAACGCUCGCUCCCCUGACAACACCUUCAUGCUGUCCUGGAUGCAGCUGUGGCGUUUGCUCAAAGAUUGCAAAGUCCACCAUCACGGCAUUACUUUGAGUCAAAUUGAGCUGCUAACCAAAGGUGCUUUAGAAGGGUCCACUUCACCUUUCACUGGUAUACUGUUUUAUAAGUUCCUUUCCUGUCUCGUGGUCGUUGCUUAUCACAUUUAUCAUGCAGACAUGACUGCAAACAGGGAUGUUUUGGCGAAUUCAUUUUCCAAACUGAUGACAAGCAACAUUCUACCUAAUGCCAAAAAUGUAAAAGGUUUCUUAUUUAGGCUCCAGGAGCACACACAUGUGGCCCUGCAGUACUGCAGGGAGAGCUGGGAGCUGUACCAGGCCUACCGCACACCUGCACACAGCAUGACUUAUCGAGAGCUGCUCCUCAUCUUCAAAGAUUUCCAUCUGCUUGACGACAGACUUUCUACCUCAACGUUUAUGGAGGUCAUUUCUGAAGAGACUCCAGAACCCAGCAACACAUCCUCCUUGCUGAUUCUGGAGAUUACAUUCCUUGAGUUUUUUGAUGCACUGCUUGGCUGUGCUGUGGUCAAAUGCUGUGAUGAAAGGCAAAUGAAUAGUCAAGAAUGUGAAAUAUCCAAGACCAAGAACACAUCUCAAAGAAAUAUUUCUGAGGAAGCAAAGGACACCUCUACAAUUCACAUUGAAAGAAUGAGUGACUUUCAGUUGACAGGUUUAGAGUCCAGAAAUGAAGAGGAAAGACAGUCAACAUUUAAGAACCAAACGGGUUGGGAGCAAAGGGUCCAUCAGUUCUUUGAUCAAGUUUUCCUAAAUGCAUUUGAACAUCAAUUGGUGAAAAAAAUGAUCAAGCAGAAGGAUCUCAGCCUCAAAAGACAAUCACUGAAGGUGCUGACAGGAUCCCAACAGUAA